AUGUAAAGCAGAACCAACCCUAUUAUCCUUAUCCUCAGAUAUCUAAAUGUUUAAUGCAAAUGUAAAAUAAUAUAUCAAUAUUGAAUUUAGACUUUCCCUUUAUUAAAUUAUAAAUUUACUAUAGCUAUUUCUCCCACAAAGAGUGUAGGUUAAUUAAAUUAAAAAUUAGAAAAAAUAUUACAAUAAUACCAUAUUUCAAUCUCUCAAUUUGUAAAUAAUAUUUCUUUUUUAUUCCAGUGAUUACUUAAUUCAAUUAAAUAAACCCUUUCAAAACUAUAAAUAAACAAACAAUUGUGAAGUCAAAGGUUAUCCUGUAUCAACUUCAACAAUUUUUAAAUAAUAUUAUAGUAUCCCCUAAAUUAAGAUGUCUGGCUUGUGAAGAAUGA